UCUAUAGAAAAAUGGUGCAAAACAGAUGCAGGCUAUUCAGGAUUGUAUAAUGUGAAUUAUAUGCCAGUCGCUAAAAAUGACGGCACGGAAAGUCCACCUGAUUUGAUAUCAUUAGACACUUAUGUUUUCAAUACUGAAGCACAUCCAUUUUUGAAAAUAACAGAAAAUCUUGAUUUUUUU